GUUAAUUAACAGAGUCUGCCCCUCUCCAAUGAUUGCUCCUCCCCUCCUUGCCCUAGCCAAGCAGUGCCUAAAACAUCCACCCCUCCCUUUCAAGAAGCCCAUUACCUGCUUCCACCCUCCAGUGAACAUCCAUUCAAGAGCAGCAUCCUUUCAAAACACCCCAGAAUUUGUUUUCUUUUUUUGUAUGGUUGGCUAAAUGCACUCCCCUCCCACAUUCCCCAAAUAUAAUCCUUGAAGGGUAGCACAAAGGCUACAUGUUUACAGAUUCACCGUUAAUGAAUUGAUGGUCAUCAAACAUCCCACCUUCCCUCCCAUUGAAGAAAGUCACACAUUUUGACAAGCCAAGAAGGGGGUCGUUUGGAAGCUGGUCUUAGGAGGGGCUGAAGAGCUGUCACAGGUGGAGAUGCUGCUGUGGCUGCUGCACCCAAAUUUCCUGCAGAAGGGUGGUGUCUAAAGGGUUCAGCUGUCCUUGCUCCUGUGCCUGUAACACUGAAGUCUGUAGUCGCUGGCAGACAAGGAGAGAGGAGACUGCUGCUGUUGAACUGCAGGCGAUGCUGGUUUAGACUCUUCGUGUAAAGGAAGAAUAUACAAUGUGACAAGGACAGGAGACAGGAGAAGAUAGACUCAGACAGCGCCCUGAUCUCAGUGUAAGUCGAUACAAGAAUAAUGCCCUAUACAUGCCUUGUAUGAGCCUGAUGACCCUACUUCCAGGCUAGAUCUCAUGGAGACACAUUGGGGGUAUUGAUUGCAGUGUUAAUUAUAAGAGUUUCACAUAUGCCUUUUGCCUGGGAUUUAAAAAUCAGUUUGAUGUCCAAUCCAGGGGAGUUACUAUUCUUAUAGUGUAUUUUACACAUUGAUCUGAGCUGCUAGGCUUUCUCUGAUUGUCAUCUGUAUUCUUCCUGUUGGUAGUGUACAAUUUUAGUAUGCUUUGUUUUAUUGAAUGUUCUUUCUUUUUUUUAUAAAGCAGUGACAGCAUGAUUUAUCACCAUUCUAGUGCCAGAGGGUAUACACACAUUGACUUGUCCAUCCCUCUUGCACUCUGAGGUUUAAUUAGGUUAUGCUAUUGUCGAUUUAGUAAAACAGUGAAUGCAAAUAAGAUUUUAUUUUAAUAAGUGACUUUUGACUUCAGAAGGGCUUAACAAGGAGCAAUCCAUAAAAUACCCUUAAAAGCGCCUUAUUCUGCUCGGUGAGUGGCAUUGCAGUCACUGUAUCUGUGCUGCUGCUAUCUGGCACUUGUAAGUCUGCAUUCCAGUUGCCUUAAGGCAGGGGUCAUCACCAUGUAUUAAUAAAAACCUGGCAAACACAGCUGGCAUACGAGAGCUGGGUGACAAAAUGUCAAGUUUGAUGGAAGCUCAUAUUACGCAUUCGUAGAAUAAUUUAGAAAUAUGGAGAUAUAUUUUACCUUUUGUUAUGACAGGAGCAUUAGGAAUGGUUUCCUAAUAUGGUGCUUUGGAUAAAUUUGCUAGGUUGCUGAUUAUAAACACUACUCCAACCAGAUAAACGUUUCCAUUUUAUAUACAGUUGAAGGUUCCAGUCUUAGCUUAUGUACUAAUAUGUGGUGCCUGAUAUAUACAUUCUUGCAAAAUGUUACUCACCCCUGGCAUCAAAAUGAUUAGGGUUUUUUUGUGUUUGUUUUUUAGGAUUAUUUAUGUUUUUUAGAUUGUAAGCUCACUUGGGCAGGACUGUCUUCACCUACUAUGUCAUACAUGUUUUGUUAGAAUUGUUUGUCUUGUUUUACCUGUUGUGCAGCGCUGUGGAAUAUGUUGGCGCUAUAUAAAUAAUUGGGAUUUUUUGUUGUCCGGUUAGGGACAACCUUGGCUCCACAAACCUCUGUGAAAUACAUUUCCCAUGAUGCUCAAACAGCAUCAUGGGAAAUGUGAUUCACAAGCAUCUGGAUUGCCCUCUGUGUAAAGGCUCUGAAAAAAGGCAAAGCAAAACUGGGGGAGAUUUUUUAGCUUAGUUUAGAACAUCCCCAUUUUAUCACAACAUAAUGUAUCUUUAUUUGGGUAUUGUCCAAUGGAUUGAUGAGUUACUUGUAUACAUCAAUGCUAAGUUGUGACAAGCCUCUAUAGAGGUAACAAAAAUGCUGGUGACAGCAGUAAAAUGCCAUAUUAUAUAAAAGUUAAAUAUUUUCCUGUAAUACAGAAUUUAAAAAAAUUACACAUGUGGACUUAAGACCUGUAAGAGGUUAAAUUUAGCUGAGCCAAGCGAUGGCUUGGAGGUCUCUUAGUUGCAUGAUCUUGUGAAUAGGCUAAGAUGACACAACAAUUCAUGUAUAGCAGAUGUUGUAAUGGCUGUGUUUAGUUAGAGAGCCUGACUAUGACAGAAUAGUAAGCAAUGGAUUCAGAUAUUGGCAGAGAGCAAUCCAAUCUGCAUGCUUCGCUAACUGCCAGUCCUCUGUGUAAUAGCUCUAACAUUUUGCUGAUAACUGCUUAACAAACUGCACACCAUUUUCUUUUUGUAGUUUUUUUUUUUUUUUUUUAACAUUCAGAUGUAUAUCUCAAGCUGAUAAAUGUAGGGACUGCAUUUUUUCUUUUAUUUAUUUUUUUAGCUUUGAACAUUGCUCGGUGCUUAUGUUGCAUGGUGACAUACUGCAGUAUGGAGAGAGGGGGACAAUUCUGGUUUGCUGAUUGAAGGAAUGAAAAUAGGGGGGGAUACUGCAAUGCGUUUUGUGGAGCUGUUUGAUACUCAGAUCUGUCCUCAUUAACCAUGUAGCCAGAUAUUACAACCAGUGUAACAGCUGAUACAUAUGAAGGAGAAAAAAAAAAAAAAAAGAAUUCAUUGGUCUUAUUGAUCUUUUUGACCUUUUAUAAAUUGCUUUGAAAGUGGCAUUCUUGUCUUCUCCAUGGUAUAUAAAAACAAAUUAUAUUUGAUCUAAUUUUAUUCUUUGAUUAUAAUGCUCUGUGCAUUGCCAGCAUUAAUCAAGGAAUAGGCAGAGAUAUCUAUGUAAACUCAUUAUUGCAAUUUCACGUUUAGCGUAGUUGUAUUUAUUAUUUCUACAAUUAUGAAUCAAAUAGGUGUGGGUGCUGUUGAUUGUAGCUAGUGGUUAAUGACCGCGGUGUCUUUUAUUAGCUAGGGAUAGGAUUGUACCUUCAGAAAAAGGCAGUUUAAUUAGUCCUAUAUUUUUUCUACAGCAAUUUCGUUCGGUCAUACAUUCAUUUGUGUGUCUCAUUAAACAAUGUCUCAUUCACCAAUAAGUGUAGCUGGCAAAUUAUAAAUGACUAGCCUUUCUUUUUGAUGUGGUGAAUAGGGAGGAGACGCUUAUGAACAUUCGUGGGUAAGGACGCACGUUUUCUGCAGACUAUGCAUCCAUUAUAGUGAUGUGAUGGCGGAGAUUGUCAAAUGUACACUUAAGAGUUGUGUUUGCAUAUCCUUAGUGUAAGUAUUGUAAGAAUUUCAUUACCAGAUUGAGAUAUAUUUUUGCAAGAGACAGCGAGAGCUUAUGUGCUGACAUUUACAUUAAGGAGUUGUGUGUGUAUUAUUGUGUUGUAUGACUUUUUAAGGGUGUUUUGGAAUUAGUGAGACUGUGAUUAUAUCUUGAGGUUUUCUGCUGACUAAACCUCUGAUUGAUCUAUUGAUCCAUCCUCCUGUGAGAAUGUCCUUGUAGACCCUUACAGCUUUUGCAAUUAAAGCAUCCUCAUGAAGUAUCUGCGUUUUCAUGUGUGAAUCAGAAAGGCGAAUUUGGAAGCCAAACUGACUCUUUUAGAGGCAGUAGAAGAUGGGGCAUGACAAAGUCAAAAACUUUGUCUCGUGCAGUAACAUUUCUUAGCAGUCAAAGCUUCCUGAUUGCUGGGGUUUGUAAAACCCAGGCGUAAAGGAAAUGUAUAAUGUAUUAGACACUAUUAUUUACAGCUUUGCUGGCAUGGUAAUAUUCUGGCUGUUAAUCCAUUGUAUCUGAACUUCCUAUAAUCAGUUUAAGAAACAAAGUAAGUAGUCUAGAAGCACAUUUUGAUUUCAAUCCACCUGUCAUUUAAAUAUUGCUGUGCAUGAGCUAGAUUGCCUUAUAUCAAAUUCAAAUUAAAAAAAUAUACAUUAAAACAAUGUAAGGCAGUCCAAAUGUGGGGUUGUGGUAGGUGUCCUUCGUAGCUGUUUGACUUGGCAGAUGACCCUGAUUUAUAAUUGUAAAUAAACAUUCCAAUCACUAUAACUGCUACAGCUUGCACUGUGCCUCCCUCCAUUGCAAAUAGCCAGACUAUUUUGGAAUGAUUUGACUUCUCACCUGCUGUCCCCCAGUUGCAGCUCCCCAUCACCUCUGUUAAAGCCUGCUUAGGAAUUUUUAUGAGCUCUCAUGUGCUUAGCACUACAGUGUAGGCCUUAGCUUAUUGGCUGAGAGCGAUCAGCUGAUAUAGUAUUCAAAAAUAAUUUGACCUCUUACAAUGAAAGGGCGCCAAGGCAAGCUGUAGAGGUUAUGGUUCUUGGAGUGUUUCUUUAAGUCAAAAACGUAAUCACUGGUAUCUGUUGAAAUUGUGGAUAUGGAUCAGGGGCAUGGCAAGUAAAAUAGAUGGGGGAUUCUUGUCCCAAUUAAAGUGUUCCAUGAAUAAAGGGAUAAAUGAGAUUUGUGCAUGUUUACUGUGAUGCAUAACAUAUGAUAUAUUGGUUCCACUAAUUCUAAAGAGGUUUGUCAUGCACUAUUUGAGAGUCCCUUAAAAACAUCCAAGUCAGACAGCCAACACAUGUAUGUAUCCUGAGUUCAGAUACCAUAGUCAUUCUACUUCCAGGUAAAGCCACAACUCCUAGACACUGUUUGGCAUAUGUGUCUUAAAAGUAUCUGGCUGGCAAAUGUAUACAUGAUAAAAACCAAAAUAAUGUAUCAUUGUCUAGGUUUGCUUUUACCAAUACAGUUGAACUAUACACAGUGAUAUCAUCGAUCUUUUUGCACGAUGUAUUAGGAAAGAUGCUUUAAAAUUGCCUAACACUAAAUGGAGGCACAGUGCCAGAGUGCUCCAGACACUAUAACCAGUUCCAUGAUAAUAAAGGGACACUGUAGGCACCCAGACCACUACAGCUCAUUGAAGUGAUCUGGGUGCAAUGUCACUAUCUACGGUUAACUCCACCUCUAGUGGCUAUCUACCAGACAACCAAUAGAAGGAUUCCUGGUUUGAAACGGACCUAUGGUCCGUUAUCUGACGCUGGACGUCCUCACACUCUGCAUGCUUGAAUAAUGCUUUCCUAUGGGUAAAUCCUAUGUGAGCGUGACCAUUGCCGCACGUGCGCAUUAGGUCUCCCAUGCUGAUGUCAUCUGGUGGGGGAGGAGCGUGGGCAGAGCCUGACCCAGCGCCGAGGGUCAUCAACGCUGGAUUCAGUUGAGUGACCCCCUUCAGCUCUGCAGCGGGGGGGGAGGGGCAUGAGGGAGGGGGGCACUGCAGAAUUCUAUAGUGCCAGGAAAACGGCUUUGUUUUCCUGGCACUAUAGAAUCCCUUUAAAUAUUAUAGUACUAUAGUAUCCCUUUAAAUAAUACAAUAUGUAUUUACUGAAAACUCGCAAGAAUGUAAUUGUACUGGUUUCCAAUUCCCAAAGGGCAUGGGGACUUGGCAACCAAUUUUACAUGAUUGCCUAAGAAAACAGGAAAUUGGUACUGUGGUGGCGCAGUUAUAUUCAUUGCUCUCUUUCCUGUAUAUGGUAUUAAAGAUAGACUCUGUGACAUGAGAUAAUAUUCUUGCAUCUUCAGCAAGUUAAGUAGUUCUGUCAGCGGAAACAGUAAGAGCAAACUUGGUCACCUUGGGCCUAGACCUCCUGCUUACUUUUCUAGAUCACCAGACAUUGUAUCUCUAAACUGAUCUGUCCACUUCCCAUAAUAUAUGUGAAGGGGCUUCUGAAAUUGUGAGACACGUGGAUUUAUAAUCUUCUUCCCACAAUUUUACACCAAAAAUUAUGUGACAUAUGGCAUGUGUGGAAAUGCAAAGAGUGCUACAAACAAAAUGGCACCUACAUUUUCUGCUUCAUAGCAUAAUAGCCUUAAACACUUAAAAAAUAAAAAAUAUAUUGCAGCAAAUUUCUCGCUACCCAGCAAAUAACACUACUGAGAACAUAGCAUUUAUUCACAUGAUUACCUCAGCAUUCUAUUUGCAAUAUAUGUUUAUCCAGUUACUUCCUUAGGAAGACACUACUAUAAGUCAUGAUUUGUAUUACAAGUGUAAGAGUGUUAUAGCUGAUGAUAAUAAUAAUGUUAGUAAUUUGAUCGCCUUAUACCUAGAUGAAUAUUGAAUAUAUUAUGGUCUAUAACCUAUAACCCAGAAAUGUUUAAUGUAAACCAAACAACAGAUUAAUUUGAGGUUGUUUUUCUGUAAACACUGUGGUGCUUUGUACAGAUACCAAAGGAUAUCCUCCAGGAUGUUGUUUAAAUUAAACAACAUCCUGGAGGGAUUCUGUGAAUGGGAAAUAAGGGCUGACGCAUCUGAGCAGAUCUGUGACAAUAGCAUCAUAUUUACAUCCUUCCUGCUAAAUGGAUCAUGCAAGGCUAAGCGUUUCUGGCUUCCCAUGUAUUGUGAGCCAGAUACAUAGUAUUUGUAUUGCUAAUGUCUUAGGCUGGCUGAGGAUCAUGGGAAAAGCACGUCACAAAUAUUUGUUAGCUCUAGCAUAAACAAAUCUGCCCUUUGCUUAUGAGCUGAUAAAAUAGGGUUUAAAUUUGUUGGUGUUCUCUUUAAGGAUUCAUUCAAUAAAUGCUUGAAUAGCAUGCUGCAGCCUCAUCAAGGGUUAGUUUAAAGCAUGAGCAAGCAACAUGCCACGCAAUCUUGUCAUUGGGGAUCAACAUCUCGUGCAGCAUCAUUCACUCACCUAAAGCUAAAAGUAUUUGUUAACCACUAAAUGCUUACACAGAAAAUAUUUGAAAGUAGUCAUUAUGUUACAGCGCAUUAUAUAUGUAAAUGUGUGUAACAGUUUAAGGCAGGGGUGCCCAAAAGGUAGAUGUUGUAGAACUACAACACCCAUGAUGUUUUGCAUGAGUUUAAAAUGACAAAGCAUCAUGGAAGCUGUGGUUUUAUCACAUUUUUGUCACCUCUGUUUUAAACCGAUAAAGUUAUUUAAAGAAACACUAUAGCGCUAGGAAUACAAACCUGUAUUUCUAAAGCUAUAGUGUCCCUGUCCCUAGACCUAUAUAUGUCUUUCCCCUCUUGAAAAAAAAAUAAAGGAACUAUUUGACUUAUUCUAGCACCGAGGCUUCCUUGAUGCUACUUACCUCUCUGCCUGCCUCCCGCAAUGUCACGGAGGAGGCAUGGCCUCCUUCACGAUGGUCCAAUCAAGUGCUCUGUUAGAGACUUAAUGCACAUGCACAGCGAGCAUCGUGCAUGCAUUCAAGAUUCCUCAUAGGAAAGUAUUGUAUUCAGUGCUUUCCGAUGGCCUUUUUUUGUUAUUUUACUGAGCUCUGCUUGUCAGUUUGACAUCCACAAGUGGUAGACUUAAAGGAUCACUAUAGGGUCAGGAACACAAACAUGUAUUCCUGACCAUAUAGUGUUUAAUCCACCAUUAAGGUGUCUUACCCCCCCUUGGCCUCCCUAUAAAAGUUUAAAACUCACCUUAUUUCCAGCACUGGCUCUGCCCCCUUUGUGACAUCAUCAAAAUUGCAGAAUUUUAGCCAAUCCAAUACUUUCUCAUUGGGAAUGCAUUGGAUUGGCUUAAAUCGGCAUGGGGCAGGGCCAAAUGCCAUUUUGGCUAAUCAGGACCUCCUGAUAGAGAUGCAUUGAAUCAGUGCAUCUCUAUGAGGAAAAUUCAGCGUUUCCAUGCAGAGAGUGGGGACGCUGAAAGGCAGGGCUGCUUACUGUGCAGCUCUGAACCAGGAAGUCACUCCAGUGGCCAUCUGAGGAGUAGCCAUUUGGACGUGUCCCUAGGGGCAAUGUAAACACUGCCUGUUCACUGAAAAGGCAGUGUUUGCAUGAAAAAAGCCUGAAGGUAACUAUUAUACUCACCAUAACAACUACAUUAAGCUGUAGUUGUUCUGGUGACUAUAGUGUCCCUUUAACCUUGCAAUGUAAACAUUAUAGUUUCUGAAAAAACUUAAAAGGUCAGACAUACUGUACCCAGACGGCUUUAUUGGUAUGAAGUCAUCUGGGUGACUUUAGUUUCCUUUUAGGGCCAAAGACAGAAAUAUAAAAGUGCAGUGCUAUUAGAUGAUGGAUUUAUGUCUAUUUCUGCAUACAUUGGAUGAAUUGGUUUGGGUGACUAUGGUGUCUUUUUAAAUAUUUAGUAUGUUCUGGUACUCUUCCACGGUUACUCGCUAAAGGGUGAAUUGUCAGAAAUGAAAAGUGAAUUAAAAGUGAUUUUAAAAUUUUAAGCUAAAAGUGCAGAAAUGGGCAAUUUAUUCACAUCAACUCUGUUUCUACUUUGCUUAAAAUCUAAUAUUACUUUUAGUUCAUUAAUUUUAAAUCCCUGAAAAUUCACAAUUUAGUGAACAAUUCUGAAUGCCUCCUUUGACCUGUGUCUCCUGUGUGAUGCAAGUUUUGUAAGUUGCAUAGUUACCUAAUAACUUGGUUCACCUACCUUUGAUAAAUGUUCGCUGAUUUUGACAGAGUUGCCAUAUUUUUUGCAGGACACUUUUAUUCUGUUUUCUAGAGGGCAAGGCUGGUAGAAUUCACAUGCUCCAAGUGUAAAAUUCCUGAAUUAAUGAUUGUGAUACAUGAUGGACAUUAUUAUUAUUAAUUUUAUUAUUGGUAUUUAUAUAGUGCCAACUAAUUCCGCAGCACUUUACAAUAUUAUCAAAGGGGGGACAUUUGCAAUGAGACAAUUACACAGUGACACAGGAACAAUAGGUAGAUGAGGGCUCUUCUCAAACCAGCUUACAGUCCAGAGGACAUCAUGAAUUAUAUUUAUUGCUUGUCAGCAAAUUUAAUCCCUGCCUGACACAAGUGUCCCACAAAAAAACAUGGUGAACGAGCAGCCUUUUUCUGCACUUAUACAGAGUUAUUUACUUAAGUGGGAAUUUAAAGUGAAUUUGAAAAAUUAAGGCCAGUAUAGGUUAAUUUGAAAAAAUCUCUAGUCAGAUAUGCUGUUUUGGCCUAUAAUUUAUAACUCAUUUUGAAUUCUCAGUUUAAUGAAUAACUCUGUUUGUGUUAACAGUAGGCCAUGCCUCCUCAAUGACGUAACCUUGGUGCUGGAAAGAGGUAAAAACUUUAAGUUUACUAGUUAUUUUGGGACACGAUGAGGGCUGUAUAGAACAGAGCCUCUACUGUAUAGUGUUAAGAAUGCAGGUUUGUAUUUCUAACGCUAUAGUGUUCCUUUAAAUUUGAAACUUCAUGUAUCUUCAUUGCUAUCCAAAUAUUUAAGGACAUAACUUUAAAUUCCAUUUAGAUUUAGGUAUGCUGGCUCUCCACCACCUAACAUUAGUCUCUCUUUUAAGAGUGCAUGUAAUUUCAUAAAUGUGAAGAAAGGAAACAAAAUAGCAUUUAUGUCACAUCUGCUGUCAGUCAUAUUUGCCCCAGACAGAAAAGAUAGUUGGUAACCCGUAGAGAUGACAAAAAUCUUUAUAGUGGGAAACAGAUGGCAUGAGUGACAGCAAUGAGCUCUAUCAAAUGUGCUUGGGCUUUUCUUAUUGUAGCCUUGCACCUGGCAUUUGUUAAUGUUUCAUAAACUCAGUCACUGAGAAGCUAGGUAAAUGAAUUCAUGUAUAUGUUACUAUAUAUGGUAAUUUCACUGGCUGUGCUUUAGCUGUGAUACAGUAAAACACAUCCUGACUGCUUUAGGUUGGAUACCUUGCCUUUUGUGAUUGUUAAGCUCCCUUGGUUAAUAAUAAAUCACAUAUGAGACCCAUUCGCAUUUUAAGUAUGUUCCUCAAAUCAUAUUUUUUUUAUCAAAAGCAUUUAUAUUCCAGGAGUUCCUUGUGAACAUGGUAUAGUGCCAAGCAAAAAAAAAAAAAUGACUGCUCACAUCUCUGAACAGUUUUCUUUUGUGCUGUCUGAUUAUAACCCUUUGAGAGUUGGAGAAGUGUGUAAAUAUAUAAACAUGGUGGUCCCACACUGUGAUUUUUGUCAAGCGGCAUGCCUUUUAGAGAUUUGCACUACAGUCUGCGAAUGGAAGAGGCCAUUACAGCGAUAUGGAUUAUACUCGAUGUUUCAAUAAAUUGUGUUUUUAUGAGUGAGUGCACCACACGUCGCAAAGAUCACUUAGAACACCAUCUGGAGCAGAUUCACACCAUAAUCAUUUUACACAUUGACUCAGGGAUAGGCAACCUUCGGCACGCCAGAUGUUGUGGACUACAUCCCCCAUAAUGCUCUUAUACCCAUAAUGCUGUCAAAGCACCAUGGGAGGUGUAGUCCAAAACAUCUGGCGUACCGAAGGUUGCCUAUGCCUGGUGAGUCACUAUACUUUCUCCUGGUUGUGAGUGUUGACAUGCAUAUAUCUGAUUUGUGUCUUACAUGAUCUACUGCAUACUUUAUGUUUAACUCUUUUAAUUGAUGGUUGUAGUUUUGAAUAAUGUUGUACAUUAAAAGCAUUACUCACUAGCAAUAUUUCUGUUGUGAUCUAAGUUUUUUUUUUUUCAUUUAUUUCUAAUUAGUGAUUAUUUCAAUCAUGAGAAGUUUGCACUGGCACCCAUAAAAAAUGUUUUUUGUUUUUUUUGUGAUCACUAAGUUAUUUUGUAAAGUUAUACAAUAUGCUUCAUAACCAGUCAAUGGAUUGGAGUGUAUGUGGUGCCUGGAAUUUUGGGGCAUUAGGUAACUAAACAGUUUACUCUCAGGUCAGAGAUUCUCAGCCCACUGCUGCCUGGGCAAUGCUUCAUACCAGGGAUUAAGGCAGUGAUUGGUCACAAGUGUUUAUCAGAUGCUCUCAGACUGUCACUGCCCAUAACCCCUGCUAUUUCUGCCAUUUACUCAUUGUAAGCUGGGCUGUAGGCUGCCAGGAACAGAUAAUUUCUACUAAGUGAGUAAACCAUUUAGUAGUUAUGUGCAACUGGUCACCUGUGGGCCGCUGGCACUAUAACCACUUUAAUCAAUUUAAAUCUUUUUGGUUCCUCCAGUGCUCCUUUAAAUGGACAUUCAAAGCAGGAUAGAAACCAAUAGAAUGUCUUUCAAUAUUUAACAUUUUGCAAACAGAAUCACUCAUAUAACUGCCUCAACAUAUUGUACUGAUUAGCUUGCAAUAAGUAUUUAGGUGCAGUUCCUACAUUUUUAUCAAACAGUUUAGCUUGCUCACAGUCUAUUAUUGAGUCCAAGACAGAUAUAUUAAGAAGAUCUCAGAGAAAGCAAAGGGGUUGUACAUUUGGUACUGAGAGACCCAGAUUCUCAAAACACUCAAAAACAGUCUGACAACCAAUGUGGAGACUGCACCCAAAGACUCCUUGCACUAAAACCACUGCAGUAAUCUUUUAUUGUGCUGAGAGGGACCAUUCAAGAUUACUUUAUCAGUUGGAUAUACAGUGGGGUUUAUCUCAAGUUCCUUCAUGUAAAACAGGCCCACUCACAUGCAGUUUUGGUGAAGCAGUUAUCCCUUGUGUUAGCUGACUCAUCAACUUAUGUUCUUUGAUGUAAGACCUCUGGAAGGGCUGGAAAUACAGAUGGCUUGUUAAUUCUUGCUGUUCUUGCAUUGAUAAAAAAAAAUUAAAAACUGGACAUAUAAGUAUUACAUAAAAAACAAAAAAAAACAAACAACAUAUAUAUACAUACACUUAAAACAUUUCCCACAAGCAUUUAUAAGUUUUAACAGAGUGUGCUACAGUCUGAAUGCACAGUACUUCUCUCCCAUCUGACACAAUGUGUGUUUAAAUUCAGUUCUAACAUUAAUUUCUCAGCACUAGUACUUCCUUUGAAUAAAAUGAUCUGUUUUUAGUGGUAAUAUGGUGCUUCAUAACAAACAGGAAAAGCUCCCACUACUUCAUAUCAACUAGAAUUUGGAAGCAUGCCACGACAGCAGAAGUACGUGAAGUAAUGCACCAUUAUUUUGCUUCAAUAUUUAUUAUUUAUUUAUAUGUUACUGGUAUUUAUAAAGUGCCAACAUAUUCUGCAGUGCUGUACAACUAGGGGAGAACGUACAAUAUACACAGACAAAUAAAAAAGGGAGAGAGGGCCCUGCCCGUAAGCUGAUAACUAGCCAUUGAAGCUCUUUUAUACAAUGUGCUUAGCUAGAUAGCCUGUGAGCUUACAAUCUAAAGGUUGCACAGUAGUGCUUAUGCCUAUAUUGCUAUUAAGCACAUAUGCAAUCUAAAUUCCCUUUUGUCAAUGGAUAGUCCACAUACCAUUAAAAAAACCUCUUCCACUUGAUUCAAAUUGGUAGUUAACAUUAUUUAUAUUGUAUAGUAAGUUGCACUUGAGAACUGUUACACAAGUACCUGUCACAGUUUCCUCAGUUUACACCAUGCCUGGGGUAAAGCAUCUGAUUUUAGAUCUUUGGCAACUGCUAUAUUGAUAACAUGCCUCCCAAAAUUUCAACUGGCUAAAAAUGGACAGCGGAGAAGCUAUUCCAGAACUUUUAAGUAACUUGACAAACUAUUGAUAGCCAUUUACUUGGCUUACGGGGUUUAUUUAAACAAACUAAUUUUUAAACACAUUUAUUAUAGUUUAAUUGCUCAUUUCUAUGAAAUGUAUUGCUGUAAUACUUUAUUAAGAGAGACUCAGGUAUAAACAAUAUGGGAAGAGGGAUUUGGGUCUAGAAAAGGAUCAUCCUUCCUGAAGAAGACCAUAUUGAGGUAUGCAACACUGCUUCCGGGAGUACUUUUCUAGUGGCCAGUUAUCAUUGGUACUUCUUAAAGAGUCACUCCAGGCUAGAAUUUACAACGUGUCCCAUACAUCUGUUGAGGAGCCAGAAAGACAAAAGCCACAAUGACAUUAAAGGGACACUAUAGGCACCCAGACCACUUCAUCACAUUGAAGUGGCCUGGGUGCAGUGUCCCUUUUCUCUUAACCUGUUUACAUUGCAGGAUUAACACUGCCUCUAGUGGUUGUUUACCAUAUUGUAACCCUUUAUUUAUCUGGGGACCACAAGGGAUAGAGUAGGCCAGAAGGCACUAUAGUGUUAGGAUUACAGUUUUGUAUUCCUAACACUUAAAUUUUCCUUUAAAUCCCUUUAGGUGCCCGGGAGGCUGCUUUGUGUUAAAUUUCUUAAAUGGACACUUUAAGCACUAUAACCACCAUAGCUAAGGCUAAUCAUUCUCAGGACUCUCAGGCUAUGCAUGCCAUAAAAAAAGUUCAUUUCUGCAUUAGCUAAACUGCAACAGUAGAGCAGGGCUUUGGGGGCCCUGAAGAUAUCUGUCUUUGUAAAUCGGACUGAAAAGUGUAUGACACUGCCUGCAGAGUACAGUACUCUUUGUGAUAUAGACACUGCUACGAACUGCAAUGAUUAUGGUGCUCAAAGUACCUAAGAAUGUUCAAUUAAAAAAAAAAAAACUUAUUGAAUGGCAGGAAUUAUUGAUGCUUUUAUUUAUUCCCUGCUAUGUGUUAUGCUUACAGUUUAUGUUCAUAAGUAAGUUGUCCACAAUGUGGUAGGUGUUAGGAUCUCAAAAUAAUUUAUUGUUAGAGUUAGGGAAGAUAUUUCACACAUUGUAAAAAAUGACCAAUGGCUUGUUUCAUUGUCAGUGGAAGGGUUAAAUGGCAUCUGGUUAGCAGCUGUACAUACAGACUUCUACCACCAUGACCACUUUCAAUCGCAGAAGUGUUCAUGGAUAACUCGAAAAGACCAGUAAGACACGUUGAUGUAAGACACAUUGAGAGCUUCUAAGAUUGUUUUUAAAACCAUAUAUAUUUAGCUUCUAUUUUAACAUAAGCAAAUAUGUGUAUGCUAACUCUUAAGAUAAUUAUUAGGAGUGAGAUUUAUCACAGCAAAACUGGUGCUAUUUGGGUGCAAAGUAAACAUUGAGAGACAUUCCUUUCCUAGUAACAACACAAAUGCAUCAGAAUAUAUGGUAUACGUUAAAAACCUUGUAAAUAAUUGGCCAUCUUCAUCCUUUAAUCAUUUGAACUAAAGACUCUUCAGCCAAUCAAUUAAGAUUUGACAUCAGACCUUUAACAUUCACACAGAUGUAAAGACCAGAAAUGAGUCACAAAAGAUGAGCUUCCUUUAAAUAAAUCUGGUGUCUGCUUUUUAAACUCAUCUACAGAGAAAGGAAGUUUUUUUUUUUUUUUUUUAAUUAGGAGUAUAAACAUUUUAGUGUUUUAAUUAGUCAUUUCCUCAGGUCUCAUAACUCUUUACUCACUAGCUAGAUGUUCUUUAAAGGAUUACUCCAAUUAUUUUUAAAUAAACCUUUCUUUCUUUUAAAUGCCUUACUGGGCAUCAGUUAGUAGGCCCCUCCUUAUAAACCUGUAAAAUAAGCAUAAACCUAGCUGGAAUCCAGCGCCAGACAAAGCUCGGCUUGCUGGUUUCCACACCCUGUCUGACAUCACUGCUUCCUUUUCAAUGGUCCAAUCAAGUAAUUCUCGUAGCGAAGCAUUUGAUUGGACUGUUCUUACCUGCUCAGUGCGCAUGUGCACACUCUGAGCCACAGAGAGGAGCAGGAAGUAGUAGGUGGAUAAGUGAUGCAGAGAGGUGGGGAAUUAAAUAACAAAAAAUUGAUAAAUCAUAAGAAAUAUAGGGAGGUGGAGAAGGCUGAAAUGAUAGCAGAAGAGGGAGAUUCAAUCUUCUUCUUGUAGGUCCGCCCUCAGAGCAGCCUGCAAGAGUAAAAGCUCAUUACGUCUAUCGCCAGGUGAUUGGAGUAGCUUUUUAACCCUUUGAGAUAUUAGUACAGCAACAAAAUGGAGUAUGCAAACUUGACAACUGUAUGAGAUCGAGAGAGAAGGGGUGACUGGUCCAAACCAGUACUCUGCCAUAAAGAAUCGUGUGUGCAGGGUGCUCAGAUAUGGACAUUGUUGCCUAGUGUUGCACUAGUGCAGAUAACCAUGCCACAAUGCUGCACUUUUUUGUUUUGUAUCGAUAUGCAGAGGACAAGGCAUGCAUUGCUUGCACAUAAUCUAAAGUGCCAGUCAUUCUGACAUAAUACUACAGAGUUGCACUGCUUGAUAAUCUGGUAAAGCUUUUCACACAAGGCAGCUGUGACACAAGUGGGAUUAUUCGAAACAUGGGCAAUAUAGAGAGUUGAACAGUGACAAUUUCAAAUUGACUUUAACACUAAUGGUACUUUCUCUUUUAUUUCCUUCCACUUAGCCCAUGUUGCUAUAAUGUGUACAUUUGUGAAAAACUAACAAUACACAAUUCCUAUAUUGGUGACAGUAAUAUUCUUUUUACUUGGUUCAGACUGGGAGGAGAUUUCGUAAUCUUGUGAAUAAUAUUGAAAUUGGGAAUCAGAGGUUUUUUUAAUGUUUUUUUUUUCUUGUUACUUUUUGUACGAAGGCUUAAAGUGUGAAAAUUCCAGGACAUUUCCCAACAAUUCCCGGCUAUUAGUGAAUAGCCCUAUUUGUGCAUGACAAAGCAUACAGAGUUCUCCCUUGCUAUUCCUAAAAUGGGUGCAGUAACUUUGCUUGGGGGUGGGGAAAUCAGGGAAUGAGUGGGGCUAAGUGUCAUUCGUUCCCCUAAUUUAAGAGAAAUGCAUUUUCAGAAAGACUGGAAAUUAAAUUGUAAUCUUUGACCGUAUGGGAGUGGUAAACUAACUAGUUCCCAGAAACACUGUACUGCAGUAUCAAUUUUAACAAUAAUCAAUUUAAUGCAUUUCGGUUCCCAUGCAUUCUUUUAGUAGGUAACAUUUCCUCUUCUUGUUCAAUACAUUUAAAAUAUACUAAUUUUUUUGCAUGUUCAUGAAUUGAAAAGAUGGAAAUGGACCUGUGACUCAUUUCCUUGUAGAAUGUUAACUAAAGCAUCUGUUCUAAGUUUGCCAGAAAUUACUGUCAUUGUUAUUGAAAUGGGUAACAUUUGCCAAGUAUAGAAUAGUUUAACAGUGAGCAAUGAAAAAGGAAUUACUAUAUAUAUAUAUAUAUAUAUAAAUAUAUAUAUAUAUAUAUAUUUAUAUAUAUAUAUAUAUAUAUACAUAUAUAUCUUUAUCUUUUGAGUGCUAGUGGCAAGGCCAAAUACACUAGUACACCUCUGGCACAUCGAUAGUAAUUGGUGGGUUAUUUAUGAGAAAGCGUAGCCUAUUCCUUCACAGUAGUGAUAAAUGUUUGAAUUAUAGAUUUUACUGAAAUACAAAUUCUAUCUGAUAACAAACAGAUGGCUGGCUUAGUGACACAGAGAGUACAUUUAACACCCCUAAACUGUAGAUAAUACAUUAACAUGUUCCUAGGUUCCAGUGUCAUUUUCAUUCAGUUGAGACCAUGAAAUUUCCUUCAAUCCAAUGAUUCUCCUAAGGAACGGCAAAUAUUUUAAAAUGUCAUGAGCACUGCACCCAGAUCAGAUCACUUCAUUGAGAUGUCUGUUAACUCCAAGCACCAUAAGAGGACACCAUCCAUAGGAAAGUAGUCAAACAAUUUGAGAAGAGAUUGGCGGCUUAGCUGUGGUCUUCUGGUCACUUGCCGCUGCUUCUAAUGAUGAUGGAAAGCAGUGAACUGAGCUAAACCUGAUGGUACAGGGAGGCACUCAUUACCUGAGAACAGUCAGCGUGCUGGCCAUGCACGUUGUCAAACCAUUCUUAAACAGUUUGGCUAUUUAUCCUGGGAGUACUGGCUCCUUAAUCUAAACAUAGAGCUGAAGUGGUUAUGGUGCUAUGACUGUUUAUCAAUCUGUUGGCAUGCACUUCUCAGGGGUCUGAGAGCUUACUCUACUGUUUGAAUCUUAAAAAUGCACAUAUCAUGUAUGGAGGUAAAUGUGAAGUUUUCUUACAUCUGUGUUAGCUGGGAAAACAUUGUCUUCACCGUUUUCUGAUAAAAUAUAUAGGAUUCAUUGUGGGAACUAAAAGUGCUGCAACAAAACCUUCUAAUUACACUAAACAGAUUUGUAUCAUCUUUAAAUUCUUCACCAAUUCCUGAAAUUAUAACCCUUCAAUUAACUCUUAGAAGGUUUGAUGGAUAACCCCUCCUCUAAUUUAACAAAGCUCCUCCAUGCCUAGCUUAAACCAUAAAAGCCUACAUGUAUCUGCAUGCAGCUGAAUUAGUUCAUUUUUUUUUUUUAAAUAAGCAAAUUAAAAGGGUACAAGAAUUGAGUUAUUUUGAAAGCUAAUAGAACCAGUACUAUGGCUUUCGAGAGAAAAAAAACAUUUUGUCACAAAAAAAGGCAAUAUCAGAGAUAACAGUGAUCCCUCAAAAUAAUCAAAUAUAGAAAGCUUUGAGUUGUCUGUCAACAUUCUGUAAUGCAUAUCCCAUGAAUACCUGCUGGGAUAAAAACAUAUGCCCAGUGUUCUCUUUGACUACAGAGGGAAGGCUAGGAUCAGCUGUGAGUAUUUAGCCACUCCUUGAUCCUUAUAAAAGCUACCGAUUUACAGCAAGAGAAAUUCAGAGGUCACUUAUUUCUAACUUUACUUUAUGCAUCUAUUUUAGAUGGUGUUCAGUUCCAGCCUGGGAUUUUUUUUUACAUAUAUCUUUACUGUGAAUUAAUCUCUUUUCCAUUUUCAAUUAUUUUUUUAAUAUGUUAUGUUGCACUGGCAUUUUAAAAAGGAUUUAGUUUGCGUUGUAUUAAAUAUACAUGAAAUAAGUGUAAAUUAAGCAUUAGUAAAGGCCAAUCAUACACAUCUGGAGUUCUAGAGAUCGAAAUUCUUCAUUCUUGUCUUUUAUAACAUGCUGGAAUCUUUUUUUUAUCAAAUAUAAACUCGACACCUGGAAGCUACUCUAAGCUACUUCUCAUUUUUGGAAAAUCUAAGGGCAUUUGUCAAUUCCCAGGAUUUUUAAUAUUGUGUUUACUUAUCCCAUAUAUUUAACACAUAUCUUAGGUAUCGAAAAUAUGAAUUUAAAUGUAGAAAUAGUGACAAUGAUAUUAACCAGCAAAGGCAUGGUCCCUGUCCCUGUCAAUCAUUGUUAUAAGCUCUGAACUAUUUUGUCAUCGUACCUAGUAAGUGGAUGAGAAGACACCGAAUAGUGUUUGCAUUUUUGGGCACCCUUCAACUUCCAGAACAGUGCCUUUUUACCGAAAAAUACUUGCCUCUCAGAAAAAAAUCCAUGUAUUGGGAAUGGCGAUAUAGGAGCUAAGUGGGAGUCUUAGUAAGAAGCUCACUGUGUCCAGCCUCUGUAGUAGUUGAAUUAAAAAAAACCUAUAAGGAUUCUUGAUAUUGAGGAUUCUCUGCUCCUUUGAUACUUUUUAUCUAGCAAAAAUGCAAUUCGGAAAGUGUCUGUCUGGAACACAGUGUAUCCUGUCCUUGCCCGACCAUACCCUGCUGUUGACAAUAGCAUAUCUGGGAGUUUUGUUAGCAUUUCAUAAUUCUGCAUAGUUUGAAGUUGUGUUUUCCCACUCCAAUAUGUGUAUCAUUCUACAAUUGAUAAUAAAAAAGUACCGACAGUUUGUUUUCAAUGUUACAUGUGUUUAUCCAUGAUUCCAAAAACAAUUGCCAACUUUGCAAGAGACGGAAAUUGGCAUCAUUUGUUAUAUAAUAUGUUUAAUAUGUUUUACAAAACAUUAUUUUUGGACAGUUUUGCUGUGCAUAUGUUUACUUUCAUCUUAUCAAAUAAUUAGAAGGUGACACUAAUAUUAGUAACAGAGGAUGACCAGAAGAACAUUGUACAUAUGCUGGCACUUCAUCAAUGAAAAUGGCAGACUAGAUUGUUUCACUGUUAGAAGGAAUUGAAUCAAUGAGACCACAUGCUAUUAUGUUCCAAUGCACCAUACCAGUGGUUUCGAUUUUUUUUAGGUUUAAGGCACCCUUAAUAUUCUUCCAAGGUGCACCAAGUGAAAAAAAAAAAUUUCUACCUUGUAUAUCUGUACAGCGCUGCGGCAUAUACUGGCGUUAUAGUGUAAUAUACAGUACAGUGUUGGUGUUUUAAGGGGUGCCUGUUCAGCAGAAAUGUUUCCCCGGUGCUCUAAUCAUACCAUCGGAGAAACAUUUUGCGGUGCCCCUGGGUCCCCGUUGCGGCACCCCAGGUUGCAGCAGCACACAAUUUGGGAACCAACAUAGAGAGGGCCCUGUUGCAAGAAUUUAUUUGAGUGCCUCUAUCGCAACACAGAUAUACACCUUCAGAUAUACAGGUAAACACAUGCAGACACAUAGACACUCUGACACACACAUGCAGACACACAGAUAGACACAAUUAUUAUUAUUAUUAUUAUUAAAGGGGCCAGCGCACGACCAGGCCCCUGAGUACACAUGCCCAUUGGGUGGCCUUAAUUGUAUGGGCCACCCGAUGGACCACUCAGCAUGCGGGAUCCGGUGCAGACACAGCUUCCAGGGUAGGAUGAGCAUAAAUUACUACCAUUUUAAUUCGAGUGUUGCUGUCUAAUGCUCCUGCUUAAGAAGGGUUAUCUCUUCAUACUGGAAAAUGAGAUCUGGAAUUGUUAAUAUUUUUUAGAGAUUGUAAUUAGUGAAAGUUUAUUAGGGUUAUUCACUACAGUCAAGGUCAAAAUAGUCAAUCUGGAAAAAUUCUCUAAAUCAGCUAGGCCCUAAAUUAGAAAAUUCACUUUAAAUUCUCACAUUAGUGAAUAACCCUGUAUAUGUUAAUACAAUUAAUAGCAACAUUGAUGGCUGAGGCAUUCAGAGUUCUCCCCUGUUGCAGACAGAAUUCAGAUUUUGCCCAGAUUUCACUUAAACCUGUCCUUUUCUUUCAGUUUAACUGCUAGUAGCAAUCGUAAGCUUUACUUUUAUUUGUCCUAAGGUCCGAAGGUCUCAUGGUCCACCUAUGCUUUUACAGUUGUAUGUGUGGCUCACAGUACAUGAGACACUAUGAAAGCAGACUAGAAAAAAUAAUUUGAAUUGGCAUUUUUUUAAAUUUAUGUUAGAUCAUUGUCUUUUCUGGCAGGUUGUAAUUAUGCCGAUGAAUCAUGCAGUGUGGAUCAUGUGCUUUUGGCACUAAUUCACUUUUAUUUUAUGAAUUAUAUAAAUCAAUCUUUAAUAAUAUGUCCUUUGUCAUUAUUCAGAACAAUCAUGUGAAUGUUGUGAAAUGUUUUCCCCAAGGAAAAGAGAUUAGACGUGCACCACUGAAACAAAACAUUAACUUACUGCUGAAAAAUACGAAGUUAGAAAAAUGAAGAACAUCUGUCCCAAAAUUAAUUCCUCGGUAGUUAGUAAGAAUAUACAAAUGCAAAUGUUUUCAAGAUAGUUUUGUCCGCUGCUAUGGCAACCACAUUCAGCUUACCUGUGACCACUUACAUGUCUACAUUCUAGCGUUAAUCAUAACCAAUGGAAUUUAUGGAGGGGAGAAAUAGCAUGAGAUUAAAGGGCAUGCUCUGUAACCACCAAUGUUCAGUAGAUUUGUUACGGUGCAAAUAUUCAUUUUCCUUUUUAAUACAGACUGAAAAUAAUUUUUUUCCCUGCAGAAUCAAGUCUCCUCUGCUGGAACUCAGCCUUCACUUUAUAUAACAAAAUGUAAAAAACAACUGUCACUCACCAAGACUAUGCGGUGGGUGCAGUGGCUUUGUUCUCACGGAUCAAAUGUAGAAGCAUAAAUGAAAAACAGUGCAGCUUCCUUCUUCAAAGCAUUCAGCAAGUCUUUAUUAGUGCCAUCAUAUUUUUAUGUAUUUUCAGUGAAUAUGAUUCUAUGGGGUUUAUGAAUAAAAUGUCUUCUGUACUGAAAAGGUCUAAGUGAGACAGUCACUGUAACGGAGCUCCCUGUACCCCUGGCUGGGUACCUCUGCCAAGGACUGCUUCCUAGCUGGAAAAGGGUACAAACCGCAGCACUUCUGCCACAGUCGCCGUGGCUUGACUGGGGUCCUGGAACCGCUCCCUCCUGGAGCCAAAUGGGGAUUUUGCUCUAGACACCUCCAGGCACUGGACGACACUCAAUCCUGGGAGCUCUAGUCCUUACAAGGACUUUCCCUGUUGAAUUCUGCACACUGGGACAGUGAUUAAAUAAUGUAAAAUAGGUGUGGGUAUCCAGGAGCUACGUGAUAUUACAGAAUAUAUGAGAAAUUAGGUAAGUAUAACCUUAAGUGCACAACCUUAUAAUGUAAAAAAAGAGAACAAUGGUUAAAGAUUACAAUAAAAUUAGAGACUCAAAUAUAUGGUAAAAUAACAUGCAUAACACACUAAAACCAUAAAGACUUAAUACCAAAACUUGAUGAUUAUAAAGAAAUUGUGUGAAUCCUAGAUAAUACUCCAAAUAAUAAUAAAAUAAAAAAGUCCAGAUUGGUUUAAAAAGAUUGCUUUAACAGUCCACAGGUUAAAUCGAAUGAUUAGAUCCAGUUAGUGCAAUAAUAAUGUAUCAUAAGUAGCUAUGACCCAACUUGUAACAACAUUACUGGAUAAACAAGCACCUAUGACUUUGAUAUACUUAUAUUGUAAAGAUGUAACCAAAUCCAGAAUUGAUACAAUCGGCAGUUUAUUAUAGACAAACUAAAUGCCUUGCAUUAAAAGCUGAUGUUAUUAUAUUCCUAAAGAAAUAGUAACUAUUGUUGAUUGUUAAAAAAUGAAGAUUUUAUUGAAAAAUAUCAAACUGUAUAAAAAUUAAAAAUAUAAAAAAAAUGGUGAAAUGCUGAGGUAGGUGAAUAGUCAAUUUUGUCUCAGAUAAAAAAGAAGUAAAAACCUGUAAUCCAGACCCGGAUGCCAAUGGAUUGUGUAAGAGUUGAUUCCUCUUCUAUCUCCUCGUUGCCGGUGAGGACGGCGUGUGAUUUCCUUCGUCCUCCUCCUCUGACCUCAUAUCGAGGGGUGGAGUAUGAGACUCACGAGGAUGAUGUAAACACGACUAGAUACCGGGUCCGGAGUGAUGAUACUCGACAGGCAUGCACACAGAGACUCGACUUUCUCCUCCCAGAUUCAACUGCUGGUUGCCUUACGCGUUUCGUAGGGUAGGCCUACUUCAUCAAAGCCUCAUGCGAACAAGAUGGCCGCCACAUCGUGGUCAUCCUUAGUAAAUACGGCCACCCAGACGAACACUUAGAAUAUUGCGGUGUAAAUUGCUACAAAGUAUCAAUUAGGCUUGACAAGCUCCAGGGUGGUCUCCAGUGCAUGUGGCUGCUCGGCUCCCGAACCAUAUAGUCCAAAUACACAAACGGAGACUUUUACAUUACAUUUUACAGGGUCCAUAGUCUGUUGGCAGGAAGCUGGCAAGCAGGCUCCUCCAGGAGCUCGUUGCAAACUCACUUGCAAAGGGAAGUUUGUCACAGUCACCAUGUAAACUUGCAGAAGCAGUAGGUUGUGUUUUAUAUCAGCUGGUUAGAGAAUGGUAACAUUACUGCCUUAGACCCAGCAAAAAUCCUGGUUUGAAUCCCAGUUAGAACUCCUUACCAGUAAGUGACAUCAAAUAUAUAUCUGCCUACCUCAAAUCUUUGUAGACGUAAAGCUUGAGCAGGGCCUACCUCGCCUCUAAAUAUCCACUUUUUUACAAAUGUAAAGUGCUGUAGAAUAUGUUGGCACUAUAAAUAAUAACAAUAAUUGAAAACCUAAUCACAUGACUGGGUACUUUAACAUGUCCUAUAAAAGUCACUUUUUUUUCCCUCACUGCUUUAUUGCUGCUAGCCUGCUGCUAUUAGCACAUGGCUUGACAGGUAUUGCUGUGAAGUGAUAUCACCAAUAAAGGAUUGUUAAACCCUGUUCUUAAUUUAUUCUUUAAUGCUGUAUGGAGUGAUCUAGAUAGUAGGAAGCUAGGGAAGAUUGUAUGAAUAGAACCCGGUCCAGCAUGAAUUUACAACAGAGCAGCACACAACCCGGUUCAUUUUAAAAUGUUAUGAGAUUUUCUCUCAGCUCUGCUAUAUAUGCCAAAAAAUAUUGGUCAGUUGGGUUUAUGAGAGAAAGAUAGCACUUCUGUAGAAAGAUGUGGGAGGUUUAGGUUUAAGAUAACUCAGCCAUUUCCUGGAGGGUGUUAUGAACUCUGUAGCAGCAGAAUGUGCUACAGAAGAUCAACAUUCAGAUAUGAUUAUCUCUCUGUUAUUUUUUUUAGUAUAUUUUCAAUACAUCAUCUAUAUACAACUUAAUAAAAUAUGUGGCAUAUCCAAUAUGAAGGCUAAAUGAAUACGUAGUUAUGGCCAUUCAAAAAUCACAGGGAUGGUGUUUCUCUUCUGUAACUGAAACAAAAGAUGGAUCAGUAUAUAUUUUUUUGCACACCAUAGUUUGCUGCAAAUUCCAUUAAAGAGAAUCCGCAUCCAAACUGACUGCUAUUUCAUUUCAUGUGGUAACUAUGAUGAACGUUGGUUCAGUUUUAAGUCACAGAGGCCAUCCCCAUUAAUAGUGGACCAUGCACAGAGCUCUGUGACAACUCUUUGCUCAUAGUCCUUAUGUGUUUAGCAUAACGCUCACGCUGCGCUUUCUGGGGACAGUUACUCGGUGUCGAAAAAUGCAGUACACCAUAAAUCAAGUCUGUGGCACAUUAACACAAAAUCGGUACUGUCCCCCCAGAUUUAGGACAGUUUGAAGGCCUGUGUAACAUAUGAAUUGUCACAAUAGUAACAUAUGUUUUUCUGUUUAAAUUAGGUUUUUAUGUAGGCAAGAAUUAGAGCAAUGUACUAUAUGAUUUCUUAGGACAGGGCUUGACAAAUUUGUUUGGAAUCUAGGAGCCAGCUAAAAAAGUUAGGACACUUGAGUCACUAGAACCACUACAGAUUAAUGUAGUUGUUCUGGUGCCUGUAGCCUGCCUCUGUAGCCUUUUCAAUGUAAACGCUGCCUUUUCAGAGAAUGUUACCAAUAGAGAACAUGCGUAAUAUCCUCCCGUUCAUUAAGAUCUCAGCUAUGUAGGCGGGACAAGCAACAGCGAAACCAGCACGGCGUGGGUAAAAAGGUGAGUAAAAACACCAAUCAUGUGAUCAGAGGGGGACAGGUACCUAAACAGACACACACUCUCUGACAGACAUACACACGCCCACACUGACUGACUGACAGAAAUACACACACACACUGACAGAUACACACACUCAUUAACAGAGACAGACAUACACACACACACAGACAUACACACACACUUUCUCUAACACUCACACAUUUAUAUUUUUAAUUCUAACCCACCCAGCCUCCCUACCUUUGGGAGAGCUGAGUGGACUUUCCCUAGGGUCCAGUGGGGCUGAUAUUCCUGCGCGCGAGGGAUCAGUCGUCCUGAAGCUCCUCUCUACUCCCUCGCACUGUCUGCAGUGAUGCCGAGGCUGGAAUUACGUCAUAUUCCAUCUCCCGGCAUCAUUGCACAGCACGAGGGAGCAGAGAGGAACUGCAGGAAGACUGCUCCCUCGCGUGCUGCCCCAACCAGCUGCCUCCAUACCUCCCGCGGGUGGGCAGCCGGCUACAAAGCUCCCUGGGUUGGCAGGCUACACAGUUUGCUGAGCGGCGGGCAGCCUGCUGGCUCCAAUGUCCCAGAUGCCAGGGCAAAAUUUCAAGUCACAAUGGCGACCUGGCGCCUGGGGUUUGUCGAGCCCUGUGUUAGGACGUAAUGUAGUGUAUAGAAUAUGCACGAGAGAAUGAGAAAAAGCUACAGUCAUGCCCGUGGGUUAGAAUAGGUAGGAAAUGGAAGUAGUAAACUCUACAAAAAGUAAUGUUUUAAAUAUGACCUAUUUUUGCCUUGUUAAAUCCCCACCCCUCCCCAGCCACCCCCGCUUGUUUAAUGAAACAUCAAGUUCUUGCUAAGUGUGUCAAUUUAAAGUGCUUAGAGAACAUCAGCUCUGCACUAAUGGACCAACUAAAGAAGAAAAGAAAGGCAGAAUGAGCACCUCUUAAAAUAGCCUUCUAGCUUUUAAUGAAACCUUUUCUCAUAGCUCUCUGCUUUUGCUAUCAUCAAAAGAAACGUGGGGUGCUGCUUUAUGUACAAAAUGCAUCAAAGUGCUUUUAUCAAAGAAAAGUAGUUAUGUCAGCUUGAGGUUAAUUACUCUUUUAUUUGCAUUCGAUUGUCAUUUGAUGCUUUAAAUUUAGCUAGUAUUGUGAUUCCUUUUUAUUAUUGUACUAACGUGAAAAUGCUAAUGGCUUGCUAUUAAUAUUUAUUGAUAAACAUAUCUGAGAACCUCUGCCUCUUGGAAGUACCUCAGUUUCUCAGAAUGCCUCAAUGGUUUGACACUUUUACUGUUACCACUCGGUUAUCGUUUAGUAGGGACACAUGACAACAAUCCUCUGGCGAUAAUUGUGGCCUGGUUACAGUUAUCAUUAGAAUUACUUUUGGUAUUUAUAAAGCUCCAAUAUAAUCCACAGUGCUGUACAAUAUGGGAAAAUAGACAGUACUGUAUUGACAAACCAAUAUGAAAGGAAUGGAGGAAACUACCCAUAAACUGAUAUCAAGCAUUUACAACCCUUCCAUACAAAGUACUAAGCUAGAUGGCUAGUGAGAUUACAAUCUAAAGAUUUGGAUGUAGAAUUGAGACAAGAAGGAGCAGGUAUAACUUUUGAAGAUAAUGGACAGUGAGCCUUAGGGCAUGUGAUGUGAUUGAGGAGGUAAUUGGUGAAGAUGCCUUUAAAGGCAUGUCGUAAAAGAAGUAGGGAGCAGGGUGGGUAGGUGAGAAGUGCUUAAUAAAAAUGUAGGUUAUUGCAUGCAGUAGAUCUGUGUAUGAGGCCUACAGAUGGGAUAGAAUGUAGAGAUAACAGUUAGCUGACUGUAUUGCUGGAGAAGGGGGGAGGGGGUGGCAGUGUAAGACAAAAGAAGAGCGAGGGAAAUUUUUUAUUAAAAAGUAAGUAAUAUUGGAAGAAAAAAUAUCUAUAUCAUAGAAUCACAGAUGGAGUAAACAAAAGGCAGAGUAAUGGUGACUUAGUGUCUCAAAGCUGCCCUCAUUACCUGCUUGCAGGAAAUCACAGGAUGCUUGAAAUAGAUAUGGAUAUGUUUUGCAGAUUAUAAAAUUAUUUUUGCAAAUAUAAAAAAAUGUGAUAAGUAUUGGAUCCAAGUAUGUUUGUUGGAAUUUGUUGUAUUUGCGCCAAUAAAUGGUUAGAGUUCAAGCUCUAUAAGUGGUUAGUGUAACGGCCACCCGGGUUGUAGAGGGGUGUAUGCCGUUGGAGACGUCCUUUUUCCCAGUGAGAGGCUGUGCUGCAGAGUAAUCACGAUAUCCCAUCUGCUGGAUCAGUGUAGAGAUAGAGAAGCAGAGCUCUUAAAAGAGCUAGAGAUUUAGCUGGAUGCAGGUUCCCUUCAAUAACGAGACAAGGCUACGUUUUGAAAGGUUAAGCAGAACUGAAUGCACUGAGGCUUUAUUGCUUCUUUUAUACACAUUUCACCACAAGGUUACCACCCAUGUGGACCUUGUUGGGCACUGAUAACACAAACGUAACAACCAAUCAUUUACAGACACACAGUUAAACACUCCAAUUCAUUACAGCAAAUUCCUCCCCUCUGCUUGGUAGAUAAUUGAGUUUAAUGGCUGUAUUAACUCAAUUAUCUCCAAGCGAAAAACAUACCUUUUACACAACUUUUAUAACUUUAAAAUUAUACAUCACAUUCGCAUACAUUUUUGGAAACAGCAUAAUUAUGGGAACAACAUAUCCAAAAUUCAUGCAAAUCCGUUUAGCCAUUCGGGAGUUAGCUGGAAGUCUCUUUUGACUGACCGCACGCACAUUUUCCUGCCCAAAACAGUUCCACAGAUUUGGGCUGUGCGGCCAGUCCGUUCAUCACAGUUCAAAUGCCUUUUGAAUGCACAAACGGCGCCGUUCGUGCAAAUAUACACUGUUACUGUGGCGUUCGUAUAGUCAAACAUUGUUCGACUCCCGCCGAAGUGUCAGAGUUAUAGAGAAGGUAAAACGUCAGCAGUGUUCGUGCCGUCAAGUAUCCGAUUUUAGUUUCAUGAACUUGACGGCAAAACACCACUGACCGCGUUCAGCUAAAUUAAAAUGGCCGCCGCCACAUGUUCAUUUGUCGAAUGGCGGCCACUUCGACUACUUCGGCACUUUGGCUGCAUCCAAAGUGCCAUAGCAAAAGUACAAUUUUUUUCCCAGAGCAUUUACAGGGCCAGAAACAGUUUAAUACAAGUCCAUAAGCCCAAAUAAGUUUUUAAAGGGCAGUACAUCCCAGGGGGUUUACAUUGUUACCGUCUGUGGUCCAGACAAUAACAGGGUUCUGUUACAGUUAGAUGUCUCAAAAACUUUCUGUGUUGUGUCUUUCGCAUCUGUUUGGAAAUGUGAGGAUUACCUAGUUUUGUAUUCCUAACAUUGACGUGUUCCUUUAAUGUCUCAUGAGUCCUAAAUGUGUAGUGCAACAAUAUAAAUCUCUUUGACGGACAAAAUAUUAUAUUGUAUAAUACUUUAAUUCAGGUAUCAACAGGUACUACGCAAUGCACCUCAGUGAGGUUAGUUAAUUGAACAUGCAAUUAUCUUAUCGUAUAGCUUUAAAGUGCAUUCCUUGCGCUUGUUUUUUUUUGGGGGGGGAGAGAAGGACUUACCGUUGCCAAUGUGCACGCAGUGAAGCCAACAUGUCCCCCCUGGGAAGUAGGUGUUUUAUCGCUCUAAGUAGCUGCAAGUAUGUAAUAAAAUACAGCACACUAAGCAAAAAUACAUAUGAUUUGGAAAUAUGAUAAAACAUAUAUUUAGUGCCUUGUGAGCUGUAAUUUGUCAUGACAGCUUUAAUAGCUGGUAGAUAAAUUUAAAUCAAUUUAGAGUCCGGGUGCUUUCAUUCUUAAACAGGAAUUCAAAUCAGUAAAUCAUAAUAUUGUUUUCUUUGCAGCCAUCAUACAUUCUUGUAAAGAAAGUAAUGUAUCUAUAUUUUUAAAGCAGAAAGACAUAUUAUAUUUUCUUCAAUAAAGUUUGUAUGGUAGUUUAAGUUAUCCCCCCAAAAAGCCACUACUACAAAACAUGCAGACAAAAAAACUUACCAAAUGAAAUGUGCUCACAACGCGUGAUUAAGGGGCAUUGACUAAACAAAUAGUGAAGUCAUAGAAAGUCCAGCAUGGCCUUGUUAAGCUUGCACUUUUAUGCUGUUUAAUGAAGGGAAUCCACAUCAUAAAGCUAAUAUGCAGGCUUUAACUGUCAGCACCAUUACUAAUUGUUGUGUUGAAACAAAAUGAAUGAACCAUGAAAAACUGGUUAAUGAUAACGUGUGUUCUUUCUUUUGUAGGUUUUGGAAGCGACAACAGUCCUUGGAGAUUCUGUCAAGUAAAGAAGUGUGAAGUCAUACGGUUUCUCUUGAACUCGUUUUAUACAAGUGAUUUAAAAAUAGAGCUUAUGUACCAAGUAACAAAGCAAAUGUGACCGAACUACAGUGCAAACACCACUCAUGUGAAAUAAUUUUGUCCUAUACCUCGGAACUGAUUUUCUUUUAAAAUGCCAGCAAAGACACCAAUUUAUCUGAAAGCCGGAAACAAUAAAAGGGGGAAAAAAUUUAAACUCAGGGAUAUAUUGUCCCCUGACUUGAUAAGCCCACCUCUUGGAGAUUUUCGUCACACUAUACAUAUUGGAAAAGAUGGACAACAUGAUGUUUUUGGAGAUAUCUCUUUUCUUCAAGGGAAUUAUGAAUUGUUGCCAGGUAACCAAGGGAAACCCAAAAAUCCUCAUUUUAAUGGACAUAAUGAAUUUUUGAGAGCAAACAGCACUUGUGACUCAAUGUUUUCAGAAACUUCCUCACCUGUUCUUAAGAAUGCCAUCUCCCUUCCUACGAUAGGUGGAUCACAAGCUUUGGUCUUGCCUUUGUUAUCUACAGUGACAUUUAAUUCCAAAAGGGACUCCUUUAGCCCUUCUAAAUCAUCCAGGCUUAGCUGUGAGCCUGUUUUAGAAGAAAAAUUACUAGAGAAAUGUCAGCCAUAUGAAAAUGGGCACCGGUAUGACAACGAGAGCUCUUGGAAAAUCACUGGUUCUGCGUCAUGUUCUACAAAUGGAAGAUCAAGCCAUUCUUCCAGUCUUUCUGAACAAUACAAUGACUGGCAAGCACUUGACUUGUUUGAAGACAACCAUAUUCCUUGUGAAAUAGAGAGCACAGAUUUAAACUCAGACGAGUCUCUCUCUGACCUGGCUGGCUCCCUCCUUACUCUCCAGCUUGACUUGGGGCCUUCUCUGUUGGAUGAGGUGCUACACGUUAUGGACAAAGACAAACCCUAAAUUCAUGUUUUCUUUCCAAACCUUAUGAAAUGGUACAAAGAUAAACAUCUGGCAUAGCACGCAGCCAGACUUGAAGAUAUUAAUACCCAGAAAUGUCAUUUUUUUCAGUAAAAAAUAAGAAUCCUCAACAAUUACAAGAACUAGCCCGUAUAGUAAUUUAUUAUACAUUAAUAAAAACUCAUAACAUCAGAGCAAGCAGGAUUAUUUUUUUUCUACAUUUUGUGACACGUUGUAAAGAAUAUAUUCAUGUGGAUUUUGUCCAAUUCUCAAAAUCCAUGACCAGGAGAAAAUACUGUUUAUGAGUUCAUGUUGGAACCAGAUCCCAUAAUAAAAAAAAACAUAUUGAAUUAUGUUGGCAUAUUUUCUGAUUGUAUUUUUUAAACAUCCCAUCUGAUUGUUGUUAUUUUUAGAUGCACAGGUGCCAUUUCCAUUGACUUUAACAAUGUACAACUAUACAUGUUUGAACUUCGCAAACCAUUAGCCUCCCUGAACAUAGCAAUGAUCACAAGUAAAUUAUUUCCGUUCAGAUAUCUUUAUGUGCCUUUGUAUUUUUACAGCAAAGUUUGUAUUUUAUAGAUAUUGCAUCACCAUUUUUUUAUCCGCUUGCAGAUUUUAAUUGCAGGCUUUAUGUAUUUUUUUGUGAGUGUUCGGGAAAAUAUGUAUUUUAUGAUUUUUUUUUUUUAAUCUACGUUCUACAAAUGCUUAAGGCUUGUAUGUUUCAUUUGUAAACAUAGCACUGGUUUCUCACAUUAAUAAAUAAAAUGGUAAAUGCUUAAUGUCCUGUUUGUUUAAAACUUGGAUAUUUGAAAGACAGUAUUUAUGAAUGUUUAGGGAAUUUUAAGAAUAUAAACAACGUAUAAAGUCUCUCUGCAAUAAAGUAAAAAGUGAUUGUUUAGUUUUAGCCCUGCCACUUUAAAUACACAAUGAAAGCACUUGUUAUAUCGUUUGCAUUAUAGUUUUCAAUGCAAUUCAAGUAUGUUUAAAACAUGUUAACUCUAUUUCAGAAAUAAAUUUGCAAAAAAAAGUGUACUUUGUUUUUGAGAAAUCAUUUUGAUCCCAUGUGGUGGUGAAUAUUGUAAGCAUCCGUUAUUGGAAAAUAGUAGAUUGUAGUUCUUUUGAGUUUUUUUUAUGUAGUUGUGACAUCUUGAGGGUUUAUGUGUGUCAUCAUUACUAGAAAAAUGAGCGCAUAUGAGAAUGAGCAGAACUAAGGAUGGCUAGUAUGUAGGCGUAAAGUUAAAAUUCUUAAAAAAAAUUUAAAAACCUUGCAAUUAACUUGUAACAGACAUGGGUUAGUCAUAAUAAUAAUUUUGUAGACCCAGGACAUAAUUGAAAACAAGAGAAAUCUCAAUGUAUCCAUCCUGGUAAAAUAUUUUAUAAAUAAAUACAAUACGAAGAUUCCAGCU